ACUGGAGGUGCUUGCUUGCAGAAGAAAUACAGGGAACCAGUGCUGAUAAUAUCCCGCAGGCGAAUAGGGUACACCUUGCGCCUCAUAGCGCAAUUUUUGUCCGGUUCUAUUUUGUAUCUAACCUCCGAGGGUGCUGUCAUCCAGGAAGGAUUUGGAUACUGUUUAGUGAGCGUGCUCCGCCUAAUGUGAGUUUUUCGUCCACGGCUUGAAACAAGAACAAAAGCAAUGGGAGCAUUUGGAGUGAUAAUAUGGAUUUUACAUUAUAUGGGACUCUAUAUUCAAUUUAACGCCGCUUACAAACCGACUGUGCGAACCGAGGUGGACAAUCAUAUAUCUGGAAAUGCUCUCUUCACGGAGGUCCCUCAUGACACUACAACGCAUAGCGGUCAGGAUGUGGAGAUGGCCUGUUCAUUCCGGGGGGCGGGGCCCUCCUACUCCCUGGAGAUCCAGUGGUGGUACAUGAAGAACCACAGAGACUGGCCAGAGAAACCCGCCUGGACCUCCAAUCAGGUGGUGCCAAUGGAGGAGAUGUCUAAGGAUGCCACCAAAAUAAGUGUGGUGAAAGUGGCUGGGAGCAACAUCUCCCACAAGCUCCGCCUCUCCAGCGUCAAGCAGUCAGACGAGGGCACAUACGAGUGCCGUGUCAUCGACUUCAGCAGCAGCGUUGCGCAGCACCACCGCGUCCGGGCCUACCUCCAGGUGGAAGCCGAGAGAUGGCUGGGUCACGGGUCAGCAGACACCCAGCCCCAGGAGCCCCGACACAAGGGACAGGGGAGCCAGGUGCACCCCCACCAAACAGAGGACCGGGAACUGAAGAGGCGAUCGGCCGAUGACAGCACCACGGACUGCACUGAGAGCUGUGUGCUCUAGAGUCUGGUUCUGUGUCCAGAUAGGAAUAACAGGAGUGCAUGUUCCCGAUUAUCUUAAGAAGGAUGAUUAUUUUUACACCAGCAGAGGCCUGGACAAAAACUGCUUAAUUUAUGUUAAUUUAUGAAUCGAUUUGUUUGGUUGUUUGUUAAUCUGAGAUUUGUUUAUGUUUGUGUUUGUUAUGUUUGUCGGGUUGUCACAGACCACCAGAGGGCAUGAUCGUGUUGUCUUGGUUCUUAAAUGUAAUGUUAUUUCUCAUCGCCUUUGUUAAAUGCUUUGUCCAUGAUUUCUGACUCUGGAGUUGUGAUGGGUGAAGAUGAGGGUGUCGUUGGGUGGAAAGGAUGCGGGGAAGGCCUGUAUCUCAAUAGUAUGAAGUAUCUUCCUUCCUUUGUCUCCUUUCCUUAUUAAUAAGCACUGAUCUGAAAUUAAUGGAAAGGACAAAGCAAUAUAGACUUUUGGGCUCUUAAGUGGCGCAGCAGUCUAAGGCACUGCUUCUCAGUGAUAGAGAUGUAACUACAGACCCUGGUUCGAUUCUAGGCUG